CUUCAGCUAUGGAUAAUGAUGCUUGCAGUAUGGUAGUACAUUCUGUGCAAAACAAAAUUUCAGAGGAGACACAAUGAGGUCCAGCAUAUGUUCAACUUUUUGUUUUUUUCUGUCUCUGGUGUUUUGCACUUCCAGUCUAGAUCUCAGCCAGAUCCAAGUUCAUCCAAACUAUGCUGGAAUCUCUAAUGUAUUUAUAGUCCAGUACAAGAAGCAGUCAUAUAGAUUCAAUGCCACUACAGCUGUAGAUGUUUGCAAAAGUCUGGGUGUUAGUAUUGCCACUCGUGCCCAAGUGGAAACUGCACAGCGCAAUGGCUUACAGACUUGCAGAUACGGAUGGGUUAUGGAGAAAAUUGCUGUUAUUCCUCGAAUUGAGAAUAAUCCAAUCUGUGGCCAAAAUAAAACUGGAACCAUUGUUUGGAAAAUCACUGCUGACCGAUUAUUUGAUGUGUUUUGCUCAAAUUCAACAGGUCAAACUGAAGCAAUAACAUCCAACACCCCAAACAUGACCAUGGUGUCUGAUGCAAGGACUCAUGCUAAAGCAACCUCCCCACCAUUAUUUUUGUCAACUCAGCUAAACAAUAUUUUACUUGGAUCCUCUCCACAAUCCACUCAAUCCAUUUCCACUGCUGUCAGCACCUCUGUACCUACAGUAUUUUCUUCCACUGUUAUUCCUAUGAGUACAACGAGCUCUCAAACAUCCCCAUCUGAUAUUUCCCUAACAAGCGCUGGAUAUCAGUCUUCCAAAUCCUCCUCUUUUUCUACUUCUUUCUCUUCUACAGAUCUUUCCACACAACCAUUCACUAACUCAUCCUCUGUAACCAUUUCUUCUAAUGAAACAGAUGGGCAACCCCCUCCUGGAAAAGGAUUUUCAUUUGGAGCAGUGUCCAUUGCAUGUGCCAUCCUUGCGGUGAUGCUCCUGAUGAUGACAGGAAUCGCAGUUUGGUAUUUCAAAAUUAAACGACCACAGCGUCUUUCUCCAUGGGAAAGGAUUUGCCACCAAGACAUGUUCGAGACUGAGAUGUGGAAACAAACAGUGCAGCAAGAUUUCAUCAUGCAGAACAACAGUGGGAACUGUGGUGAUGAUAUAACUCUCCGGCUGGAAGAUGACACAAUAUCAGCCUGAGAACAGCUCUUCUAGGGAUGGGAUGGAAUGGAUGAAAUGGGAUGGGAUGGGGCGGGACGGGAAAGAGAAGGGAUGUUGAUGUGCUCUUGAUGACUCCAAAAAUCGUAAAUAUCAGAUACACUAGGUUUGACUGACAAUAGCACAGUGAAAGUUGCAUUCAUAAAUGCAAAUGUUUAAAACAAAUAUGUGAUGUGUCAAUAUCUCUUCUUUCUUCUUUUUUAUUUUUUUGCUCUCCACCACUGAUAUUUUCACACUGUGUAACAAUACCAACUACAACAGCUCAUAAAAACAUCAUAAAAAUGUACAGAAAUAAAGGGUUUUUUUUUU